AGCUUCCUGGCUCCUCACCCUAGCUCUAACAUGGUAACCCAUGUAUAUAUGUCCAAUCACACCCCAACACCUGGCUGAAAUAUCCAGCCUUCUUUUGAAUUAUACUCUCUCUCUCUCUCUCUCUCUCUCUCUCUCUCUCGUGUCUCUGGGGUUCAGCCUUUCCUUGAUGAUGUUCUAGAGUAGGUCGUUGUUUUUACCCACAAAAGUAGCAAUUGGCUGUGGUUGCUUUUUUUACCAUCAUGGAAGGUUUUGGAAGUUUUGGGGUCAGUGAUAAAAACAGUGCUGUGAGGAAGAAAAGGAGUAAUACAUCCCACCGUCCCAGGAAUGAUUCACAGAUGCCUUCAGAUUACCGUGACAUUUCAUCCUUGUCAAGUGGUGAAAAUAAUGGUUAUGCUUCAUUUUCUCAUAAGAAAGAAAUCAAUUUGAACCAAUGCAGCACAAGGCCUUUAUCUAUUAAUAUUGCUGAGGUAGAAUCUUGCCGGAAUGAAGAUGGAGGCGGAUUUGGAGAAUCUGAUGAAGGUUCCUUUAAUGGUUCUUUUCGAGGAAGUAAUGAACAAGUACACAGUGUGGUUGAUUCCAAAAGACACAGUGAAGGUGUCCUUGCGCCAGCUGAUUGGAAGGGCACAAGCAAGAUGGAGCUCAUUGGAGCUGUUUCAGAUGGUUUAGAAUACGAAAACAAAGUGAAAAAGGUUAAGAUUAAAGUUGGUGGUGCUACACGUACAAUUCACGCAAAAUCAAUAUCAGAUGGUGCAUCGGGUGUUGGAUCUUAUUCUACAAAAGCUUCUCGCAUUUCAGAUGCCCCUUCGCUGCGGCCAAAGUUGAUUGGUCAGGAUAAUUCCGAUGAGAAUCGUUCUUUUACUUCAGAUAAGGGGAAUGGCUUACGAGGGGUUCCUUGGAGGGAUUUCUCCAAAUAUGGUUUUAAUGUGGGAAAACCUGAUUCUUCAAGGAGUAGGAUACCUGAAGGAAAUAAUUCGACUAACCAAGCUGAUAAGUAUGAGCCCAUUCGCAAAAGCAAACGGAUCUUCAAGAGACGCGUUUCAAUUGAAGCACUUGCCGCUGGAGAUGACGAUGAUGACGAGAUUAGAUACCUUGAAAAACUCAAAACAUCCAAGGCUACCAGUGAUUACAUUGUGGAGGAUGAAGAUGAUGAGGAAGGAGGGAGUAGGAAGCAGAGGAAGAUAUCAAGGGUGUUGAAGAGUAAUUUUGAUGGCCGACUAAAUGUUGAUGGGGGAGGAGAUCUCUCAUCAAGAUCAGGCAAGGAGGGUAAAAAGACUCGAUCAGGGAGGGUAUUUAAAGAUACUGAUUAUGUAGAAGAGGAAGAGCCAAUCUCAGAUAGUGAUACCAAUACUGAUAAGAAGAAACCAAAAAUAGAGUUUGCUGAUUUAUUGGGAGAUAAUAAGAAGGAAAUGACAGUCACUACACGUCAGCAGGCUCUUCGAACUGUCAAAGACGUCUCUACCAGUAUCAGUGCUAGUCUAAUUGAGUUUCCAAAUGGCUUGCCUCCUGCUCCACCCAGGAAGCAAAAAGAGAAACUUUCUGAAGUGGAGCAGCAGUUGAAGAGAGCGGAGGCUCUUCAGAGACGUAGGAUGCAGGUGGAGAAGGCAGCUAGGGAAUCUGAGGCCGAGGCUAUUAGAAAAAUCCUUGGCCAAGACUCGAGUAGGAAGAAGCGGGAAGAUAAGGUGAAGAAACGCCAAGAAGAAUUGGCACAGGAGAAGGCCGCAAACUCUAUGGUACUUGCAUCGGACUCUGUUAGAUGGAUCAUGGGUCCAUCAGGAACAGUCGUUACAUUCCCCACCAACAUUGGCUUGCCGACCAUAUUUGAUUCCAAGCCUUGCAGUUACCCCCCUCCCCGUGAGAAAUGCGCUGGGCCAUCUUGCACAAACCCAUACAAGUACCGGGAUUCCAAGUCGAAGCUCCCCUUAUGCAGUCUCCAGUGCUACAAGGCAAUAAAUGAAAAGAUGCAGCCUUUAACUGCCUGCUAGUCAGACGAAGCAUAGAAAAGGUUACGGGCAAAUGAAUGGUUGGUAAAUUUUUCUUAAGACACAGAACGAAGUCCCACAAAUGGCGAGAGAUUUCCUUGCUCUAGUUGGUGCUCACGCGGAUGACGCGAGUAAUGUGCUGGAAAGCUGCGGUGUGCUGACACUUGGUGGGCGUCAUCAUCAUGUUCCUCUGUGUUAUAUCAAUGGUCAUCUUUGCUUGUGGUGAUGAUAACUCCACUAAACCUCAAAAGCGGGAUGCAGCCAUCAUGGUGGUGGUCAUCGCGAUGGCAGCCAUCACUGUGAUGAUGGUGGGUGGAGGCGGUGGUAGAGGGAAUUAAGAAUUAUUAGAUAAUUUAUUAUUAGAGAAGUGCUAAAGUCAUAAAGAGGUUUUACAAAAGUAAAAUCAUAAAUUGAUAUAGUUUCAUAUGAUGUUAGAUCUAUUUUAUAAUAAAAUUAGUUUUACAAUCUAACAUAUCAUAUGAAAUCACGUCAGCUUGUGAAAUUAUUUUUGUGAGAUCUUUUUAUGCAUAAAGUAUUUCUCUUCUUGUUAUGCGAAAUGUGUUUUCUUAUCUUAAACUUAUGUGAAAUGUAUUGUACUCUAAUAGCUUUUUGUUCAAGUGAUUGUAAUAAGAUCCCAGUGGGAUUUUUAGCAAGAAAAGGAAUGGAAAUAUAUUGUAAAACAGAUAUGAUAAUUCAAGGAAUCCAAGAACCUCCAAGUUUGGCAAA